AUGAGUGUCUGUCUGUGUAUGAGUGGUGCAGUGGACGAGCGGAUGGCAGAGCUGUAUGUGAGGCAAGAGAUCACAGACUUGCGACUCGUGUGCAGCGAUGGCUCAGUCAUGGCUCACACCGUAGUGAUGGCCUCAAUGUCAGAGCCAUUGCUAUCGUAUCUGAAGACAACGGUGUCGUCGCCCGCCAUCCGAGACAUCGUCUCAUUGGACACUUCAGUGGCUGACGUGAAGAGUGUCGUUGAUAUAGUUUACUUCGGGCGACAGUCAGUGGACGCCAAACGAGUGCAACACUUGACACGAGUGGCCAAACGAUUGGGUCUUCACUUGCAGACAGCCGUCAGCGCAGUCUUGGAGACCACAACCGCUCCGCACAAACACUGUCUUCUCACGGGUCACGAAACACCGGAUCCAUUGCCAGACCAACAGAUGACACGAGAAACAGAAGAACUGGCCAUUGAUUUGUCGAUCACUUCGAGACCCGACCAUCACAUGGAAGACAAUGUGAUGAAAACGAUUGAGUCGAUUGUGGCGAACGGCCCGCAGAAGACACCCCGACGUCGCAAACAAUCGGAUCCCAAACCAGUGAUUGUCCACAAGAGUGGCAAAUACGACACGAAUGAAGAGCUCAUUGAACCGAUGGAUGCGUCCAAUGGCACAGUCGAGGCAUGUGAUCAACAGCUCACGAAUGGCUCACCUCUGGAACCAUUGAAACACCAUUUGUCAGAAGAGUUUAUGGUUGAAGCGAUGCCGUUGACAGUGCCGGUGCCCACUGCCGGUCACCCAAUGGACACGAUUGGCUCCAUUGCUGACGGACUGGCCAUUCAUACCAUUCAUAGUCUAUGCGGCGAUUUGUUGGCGUCAGUGAAGCCUAAGAUCCGAAUCAGUGGCAAAAGUUUGGGCAAAUCGGUGGAG